UGCCGGCAAGCCCACCUACGGUGCAUUCCAUGCCUACAAGCCUAUAGUUGCGGUCGGUGCUGAGCAUGCCCUUGAGGAUGCCGAGCUCGUAGCCGAUUAUUUCCGUAAGAGAAUACCCGGUAUCUUGACCUGACUGAGAAACUGACUCACUCAGACGGCUCUGAUGGACUGCACGGUGUCCAUGAUGCUGUGAGUCCACGAACCAUGCCCUCCGCUUAUUUGGAGACCGUCCUAACACUUGGACUACAGCACCCUCAUCUCUCCCCGGCCGAUACCUGGCGCACGCUGUUUGACAAAAACGCAAGCGAAUCAACCGGCUCUGUUGAACCCCCCUCAUACUCACGGUACUUCACUCCGAGCAAGUUGCCCGCCCACCAGGAAAUGCUUCGGAUCCUGAGAGAGGAGCCAGCGGAUACCGUUACCAUUGUUGCCAUCGGCCCCCUGACCAAUGUGGCCUUGGCGGCGUCUGAGGAUCCGGAGACAUUCCUCCGUGUGAAGGAGCUCGUGGUAAUGGGAGGUGCAGUGGAAGUCCCCGGCAACUGUAGCCCUUGCGCCGAAUUCAACUGCAUGGCCGACUCGGUCGCCGCUGCCAGAGUCUUCGCCUUGACCUCACCCGUCCCAUCGUCAACCAUGCCGCCGUCAAUGCAUGGCAAAUCCGUCUUGCCUCCUUACCCGCCCAAGCUAUCUCGGCAGCUGAAGUUGACGCUCUUCCCGCUCGACAUCACCACCCCGCACGAGCUCAGAAAGAAGUUCUUCAACGAGAUGAUCCAGCCCCUUAAGGCGUCCGGGAGCCCGCUCGCACAAUGGACUGACACCUUCAUGAGCGGCACCUUCAAUAAGAUUGACGAGAUGCUCGGAGACGGGAGCGAGCCGGGUCUGUCACUGCACGACCCGCUGUGCAUUUGGUACAUGCUGACACGCGACGAUCCCGCGUGGAAGGCGGUACCAAAACUCGAAGACAUCCGCAUCGAGACAUGCGGACAGUGGACAAGGGGGAUGCACAUCGUCGACCGGCGCCUGAGGGCGAAGCCCGGUGAGAAGGACAGCACGGUGCAGACGCACCCAGCAGACCCGAUGGAUGCCGUCACACUCGACGAAGUCCCCGGCGACACGAUGGGCUGGCUCAGCGUGCGGAAGGGCAACAGAAUCAACAGGAUGGUCGCAUCACCCGGCCAGGACGAAUUUGCCGGCAUCCUGCUGAAGAGGGUAUUUGCGUAGCGUAGAGCAGAUAGAGCAUAGACCUGGCCGUGUUUCAUUUAAUCAUUUGGGGUAUCUCUCAGAUCAAUAGCAUCUCUCGCAG